CGUACGACAGUCAAAAAUUCCAGUGCAUCGCCACCUCCCACAAGGCUCUUGUAGUGUCGAAUGUCGGUAAUACUCUUAUACGCAGAGAGCAAUGGUCACCAAUCGUCGAUGUUCCGUAGAAGCCAAUAGUAAGUUUAGUGGUAAAGUAAUUGGUUAUCGUCACCUGCAAUGUCUGCUGCUCUUCAUUGGAUUUUGCUUGAUCUUCGCGACGCGUGUCAAUAUCUCCAUUGCCAUUGUGGCAAUGAUGGACAGUAAAGCGGCGAAUACAGCUUUUCCUGAGUACACUUGGUCUGAGCAAACGAAAUCACAUAUACUCAGCAGUUUCUUCUGCGGUUAUAUUCUACUACAAAUACCGGCUGGCGCUUGGGCGUGUCGUUUCGGUGGUCACUUACUGCUUUUAUUGUGCAUCAGUAUCAACAGUCUACUCGCGCUGCUAACGCCAUUGGGUGUGAGCAUUGGUGAUUGGCCACUACUGUGUGUGCUACGCUUUUCUCAAGGCCUCCUGCAGGGUAUCAUAUUUCCAUCUAUUGCUACGAUUUUAUCGAAAUGGGCGCCAGUGGAGGAACGCAGCGCAAUGCAAACAUUCAUUUACUCCGGCGGGCAAUUGGGCAUAGUGUUGAUGUUGGCUGCAAGCGGCAAACUCUGCUCGUCGAGCUUAGGUUGGCCAAGCACUUUCUAUAUUCCCGGUGCUUUGGGCUUACUGUGGUCUGUGAUUUUGUUCAUUUUUGGGGCGAGUACACCGCGUGAUUGUAAACACAUCUCGGCGGAGGAGCGCGCUAUGAUUGAAAAGUCUUUGGGUCAUGAUAGUAAGGCUGUAGAGGAAGAGCGUGAUAUGAAACACUCCGUACCAUGGAGGCGUAUAUUCACGUCAAAGCAUUUUUUGGUUACCUUACUAAAUCACUGCGCUAAUGAUUGGUGCUUUUGGACGUUGCUCACUCAAAUGCCUUCGUAUAUUAAGAGUGUACUCGGCAAGGAUAUAAACAGCAAUGCGUUGAUUUCGGCUUUACCUUACCUAUCCAUGUUCAGCUUAUCACUAAUUCUUUGUCCAAUAGCGAGCUGGUUGGAAAAGUCUGAAACAAUGAAGGCAACUGUAAGCCGUAAAGUCUUCAACACCAUCGGCCUAUGGAUUCCAUCUGUAACACUAGUGUCCUUGAGCUAUUUACAGCAAGAUCAAGGAAAUUUAGCAAUCGGCUUGCUCACUAUUACUGUGGCCGUUAGCACCCAUGUGCACUUUGGUUAUGCAGUAAAUCAUCUUGACUUAGCACCGAAUCUCGCAGGCACCUUGCUGGGAAUUUUCAAUUGUGGCGCUAAUAUGAUGGGUGUUAUAGCGCCAAUUUUUGUUGGCUACAUUGUCACAGAAACGCGAAAUGUCCAUCAAUGGCGCGUGGUUUUCCUGCUCACUGCUGCCUUUACCUUCACCGGUAAUCUCUUAUUUUUAAUUUUCGGCACAGCCAAGGUGCAGGCAUGGAAUGAGCGACCGCGUGCUGUUAUUGAAGCUGAACAAUUGGAAGAACUGGUGAAUAGCGUUCAGAAGCCGAACGAAUUGGCCGAAGAUGCAGAAGCAGGUGCACCCAAAAAUGAUGCUGAAAAAUCGGUGGCGGAGAAAAGUGUAGCUGAAAAAGUGAUUAUGUUGUGAAGCUUUUAAAAGUUGCCAUCUAACAAUAUUAUUUUAAUGCAGUAUGCACGAUAAAUUCGAAAUCUUAGUUGCCUUUUAGGUAAAUUUAUUUAAAUUUUCAUUUAAAUGUAUGCGAUAAUCUAAUACAGAUAUUAACGGCAUUUCAAAUUCGAAGUGGGUUUUCCCUGUAUAUACUGUUAUACAAAAUUACAUAAGCACGCAGUUAAGACCCUGCUACAUACAACUAUUGAAUCGUCAUGAGUAAUGUAACCAUUGUGCAAAAUUUACAAUAAUAUUUAUACUAUUUUGUAAAUAAAUACAAAUACAGAAGCAGUUUUUGAACCUUCUUAGCGGUAAAUUUA